CCGACGGAGUCCGGAGGCUGGGUCGGGGUUGAAGACAACGAGAACGGCCGAGGGUAACGGUAGGGUGAGAAAGAAUCAUUCGAAAGUGUGAAGCAUGGUAGGGAAAUAUAUUGUGUAUGAGUAAGAUGGUGCAUGUGAGAUUUCUUUUUGUGUGUGCGUGUGUGAAAUUAUGGAGGGAACCGGGUCCGUGCUCCACUCGUGGCGUAUCGUGGCCUCAAUUUGCGCCCCAACCUCCUCUUUGUCCGUCUGUCCAUCAUAUCUCAUCUCGCAAAGAGCUAGAUGUACAUCGCGUUGUUUUGCGGUCACCGAAUUGCAGAGUAACGUGUACACAUCCGCCCCCGUCUGCGUCGCCCCUAUCCCCCGCUGAUAAGCUUCUUACCUGUUUCAAAG